AUGGAGCUAGAAGACGGGCUUGAUAAUUUAUUGGCAGAAAUUAGUGAACCAAUUUCCCCAAAGAAAGCGAAACUUGAAAUUGAAGUUCAUCAAGCCCAACCUGGCACCUCACAGGAUGUUAGCAGCAAACCUGCCUCUUCAAAAACCCACUGUGUAUUAGUGAAUCAGAAACAGAGAGGUAACCCAGUGCUGAAGUUCAUAAAAAGUGUGCCAUGGGAAUAUGAUGAUAUUAUUCCUGAUUAUGAAGUGGGCAAAACGAUAUGCCUACUGUUCUUGUCUCUGCGAUAUCACAACAUCAAUCCAGAUUAUAUAAACAAUCGGUUAAAAGAACUAGGAAAAAGAUAUGAGCUUAGAGUUUUAUUAGUACAGGUAGAUUUAAAAGAACCUCACAGCACUCUAAAGAACCUAACAAGAUUAUGUCUAUUAACAGAUUUAACACUUAUGUUAGCUUGGAAUCCUGAAGAAGCUGCCAAGAUAAUAGAAAAUUAUAAAAUUUUUGAGAAUAAACCCCCAGAUAGAAUCAUGGAGAAGAUUGAAAAUGAUCCACACCAAAAGGUAGUGAAUGCUCUUAGUACGAUAAAACCAGUUAAUAAAACAGACGCUAUGACUCUUAUCGCAAGAUUUAGUACAUUGGAAAAUAUUAUAAAAGCAUCGGAAAGUAAAUUGGCUGAUUGUCCAGGUUUUGGUGUUACAAAAGCAAAAAAACUGUACAAAGCAUUACAUGAACCUUUUCUAAAAAGUGGAAAUCUCAAUAAAAAUAAGGAUAAGAAUGAAUUUGAUGGAGAUUUGAGUGUCGAGGAUAUCGAAAAAAUUGAAAACGAAGUGGAGAAAUCAGUAGAACGAGAAGCUGAGGUACUAGCAGAUACUUAA